CAUGCUCAUUUUUCCACAUGGGCAGUUCACAUGUGAAUAGGGUGUGGGGAAAAGAAAGGGGGUAUCUGUGUUAAGUGUAGUUUUUGUAUGUCUGUGUGUAGUAAUGGUGUAAGUUUGGGUUGAUAGGUGCAGACAGCAAGCCAAUUUUAAGCUGUUACCUAAUUCCCUGCUGGCAAAAAAAACCCAACCCCGCGGAAUGUGGGCAAUUCUUGAUCCAGCCUUUGGGCUAAAGAAAGGCCAAAGUGUGUAUGUGCAUGCGUCACUGGGGCAUAUUUUAAAGGCGUAACAGUCUACAUUUCCUCUAUUUACUUUGCUGCAUAUUUUGUGAUUUUAAAUCUUUGCUGAGGUUCUCUCACCAAAGAGUACUUGCCCAAACCUGGAUCUUGGCAUCCAGGGAAUUCUCCUUCCUCUAUACCUAUUUACUUUUCCUUGCACCAACAAAACCAAAAUUUAUCAAUAAUUACAUAUUGCAUAUGUUCCUUGCAAUAUCUCCCUUUCAGGCAGGUUGUUUUGUCCUCAUCUGGAUUUGAAUGAACAACACAUCUUGCAUGGGUUGAAUUAGCAAUCAAAAUGGAUGCUCCACGAAGGAUGUGCAUAGGAAAUUGUAGUUAUGGAGAUGUCUACAAGCAUGGUUUCUUCAUCAAAUCCCCACCUCCUCAUCUUUUCUCCAACCAGAACUCCUGGAAAAGGAGACACUUUAUCCUUUCCAAGUCUGGCAAGAAUGAGUAUGUCUUGAGGUAUCUUAAAGGUGCCCACUUAAAGGGUUAUAUUGAAAUCAAUGAGACUUCAGAAAUAGAGAUUGGCAUAGGUGACCCUGAGAAAAUGACUGUUGUGAAGAAGAUGUUUAAAUGCAAGCCUGCAGAAGUGAUGACCAUCAGAACAGAGAAUAGGGUUUUCUAUCUUAUUGGAUCAGACAGCAAGGACGUUGAGGACUGGGCCACCUUCCUGUUUUCAACCAGCAGAGAAACAAAGAAACCAGAAAUGAGAGGUCGGUCAAAAUCUUCACCAGCUUGUCUUGAUGAACUAGCUGCUGACAUCAUCAAGAAGGAACUGUGUCCUGGCAAUGAAUAUGAGGAUAUAGGAACAUCUAUCUCCAAGAAGAGGCCCUCUUCAGAGCCUAUUACUCAAGAGUCCUCCCAAGAAGCCUCCCAAGAAGCCCCUGUUUAUGAGUCACUGACAGUACUGCAGAUACAACACCUGACAAAUCGUCAACAGUCAGAGGAAAAAUCCGAAAUGGAGGAAUACUAUGCUUGUCCAAAAAGUAUUCUAGCUGUGCUGAAUGAUACACAGGAUAAAUUCAGCACCACAGAAGAGACUACUAACCCAGAUAAGGAAAAGGUUGAUGAACCCGAAGAAUACAUGUCCAUGGGAUGCAUAGUUUCAGGGGUAGCGGAGGUAAAAAUUGAACCUACAAACAAUGAAUUGAUGACCCUUCCCGAAGGCCAGGAAGAUAGCAUGAAUCUGCAGGUGAUAGAGAACAAGCCAUUGAAACCAACACCACUACCAAGGACCUGGAAACCAGAAAAAACACCAAAACUAUCAGUUCUGUCUGUGGUUCAGUUGUCCAUUAUUCUCAGUAAAGUCAGAGAUGACUGCAAAUUGGAAGAGGUGGAUAUUCUCCUUCCCCGGAGUGAUUUCACCAACUGCCUGACACUUGUCAAAGCCGCUGGACGUAUAUGUGUCUCCCAGUGGAAAGACCUGCAUCGCUUGGGAUGCAUAUUUCAUCAAGGGGAUUAUAUAGUGGCUGUGAAUGACCUGCAUGCAAAGAGCAUAGAUGAAAUGUCUUUGUUCAUAACUAGAUCCACAAGAAAGGAGGUGAAACUGACUGUAUGUAGGCUUCCAGAUUCAAAAAUUUUACAUGCUCAAGGAUGCAAAUGUUCCUAAUGGAGAAAAAUAAUCUUCAUUGGCCAAGAUCUUAGGUCAAGAAGACUUGAAAACAGUGCCCUCCCCCUCAAAAAAAAACCACCGUGAAGACACCAAAACUUUGUGUCAUAAAAAAGUAGCAUGGUGGUGGUCUCUCCUUUUGUAGCACUCAGUGAACUACACCAGACCGGGACAGGACUAUUCCCCUGCAAAUUUUGAAACACAGUGGUAUUCAGAAGAAAUGGUAUUUCACUGCUGUGAAUAUCCAUACAUGUAUUUAAAACCGUUUCAGAGUUCGUGUGCUGCUCCAAGAACAAAGAUGCUGCCAUCUUUCAUCUGUAUCUUCCCACUGUGGUAUCAGAUAUUUGUCUUUCUUUUUUCAUUUCAUUUUUCUUUGUUUUUCUAUUCUAUCAUAUCAUCAACACAUGUUGCAUUACAGUCCAACAUAAGAUAAUAAGAAAGGAAUAGCAUAAAUAUAAGACAUAUGUAAGUGAAUAAUAAUAGUAACAUAACUUAUUCCUCCAUCUUAUUUAACUCUUAUACAUCUUAACUUUUACUCCCCUUCCACUCUUUCCAUGGUUUCCUAUUUGCUAUCAUUUUAACUGUGUUUUCUUAUUCUACUAAGUUAUUUUCUUACAUUCUCACAUGUUGUACCAUCUACUGCUGAGUGUUUUUUAUCAGUCUGUUACGAUUAUUUUCAUGUUGUAAUAUUUUUUCCACAUAAUCUAUAUAUAAUGUCCAGUCUUCUUUUAGACUCUUUAUUUCUUAAUCUAGUUGUCAUGCUGGCUAAUUCUAUAUAUUCUAAUAUUUUAAGAUGCCAUUAUUCUCUUGAUGGUACAGCAUCUGUUCUCCACUUUUGUGCCACCAGAAUUCUGGCAGCUGUCUUUCAAAACGAAAGCAAAACAUACUUUAAAGCCAAGUCAAACCCCAUCCUGGAGGUUAGCUUGACUUGGAGCCGGUGGGAAACCUUAGCUUUUUAAAAUACCUAUUUACCGUGUUUCUCCUAAAAUAAGACGGUCCUCAAAAAUAAGCCAUGUCAGGCUUUUCAUUAGUAGAGUAAAUAUAAGACAUCCCCCGAAAAUAAGCCGGGGGUGGGAGCCGCUUCGGGGAGCGCAGCGCAGCGCGAAGAGCCUGGUGAGAGGCAGCUGCAGCUGAAGCCCAGGAUCUGCGUGGGCGACUGGGGGCGAACGCCCUGAGCGCUGCGGCGGUGGCGAAGAGGUGCCCGAUUUAUUCCUCUUAAAUAAACUUCAAAUAAGCGUGCAACUAAUUUUCAUUUCGAAAUUCCCCAUGGCACUGAGAGAGCGGGUGUGUGUACAUUAAAAAACCCCACAAAAAACCUGGGCUGCCCUCCCAUUUGUGGAUGGAACUCCAUUGUCCCCAAAGCAACCCCCGCUUGGCCUGCGCUUUCUUCGCCUCGGGCCGGCGCGGCAGAUGCCGCUUUGACGUCCUUUCUCCCGCAUGCGCGCCCAAGCCCCGCCCCCGGGCGCACGCGACGGAGCUCCGGCAAUAGCCGGGUAUUUAAGCGGCAGGGAGCGGAAAUCCCUCCUCCUCCCCUUGGCGCCGUUCUAGCCCCUCUGCCAGCGAGCUUCCGGCUUCGCAGGUUCCUCGGGUCCUCGGUGUUGGGGGACGAGGCGGAUGGCGGAGCAGGUAAACCGCUUCCCGCCUCGCUCUCCUCACGCGCUCAGCUGAGCAACAGUCACGCAUCGGGACAAAAGGCUCCGGUAGUCUCGCCCCCCCCCCCGUAUCUUGGUGCCGUCCCUUCCCGGUCCUCGCUUGUCAGGGACCUUCUCGGCUCCUCGGGUGGCGGGUAGCAUCU